AGCAGGAAGAGGGAAAAAAGGUGCCAGUGAUGGGGGAUUCCAGGGAAGAACAGGACUGUCCUGCUGUUACACUAGCUGCUGUCAUAGCGGAGGCUGGAGCAGAUAAAAUGCUUCCACUGGAUCAGCUGAGCCAGAAACUGCUGGAGCACACAGGAUCCUCUUGGAAUAAGGUCUAUAGGAAAAAACAUGGAGCCCUCCGCAAGUUCCUGCAGAAUCAUCCCUCUGUCUUUCAGUUAAGCUCUGAUGGAUCUUUGGUGGGGUUAGCUCAUACAGAAAAUGCCACUGAUCCUCAGUGCUGUAAGCCAAGCAGUUCAGGAAAAAUCCAAGCCCCACAGAAAGGUGCUAGUCACUGGUUUGAUUUCAAUGACUCCGCAGUUCAGUGUAUCCAGGAACGGGAAAUUGAGAAACAGUUCCAGGGAAAAGAGAGUGCAUACAUGCUGUUCUACCGUAAAAGCCAACUAAAGAGACCUAACGAAGCUAAAGUCAAUGCACAGUUUGGAGUCCCUGACUACCUGAUACACCAGAUGAACAAAAUAAAUGAGGAGCUUCAGCUGAAGAGGAAGGAUGUCGACACAGAAGCCCAUCGGAUGAACCUGCAACUUCACCUUUCAUCUUGCUAUCACUUUGAAAAUGGUGCUUUGCACCCAAUGGGCUCCCAAGGAGAUAGC